AUGGCUGGAGUUAAGGAUAGUAUAAAGGAUUCCCUCAGGGGAACCAUUGUGCCGGAUCCAACCCUGCCAGUUACAUCCCGGAUCAGGGCACAUUUCCACCAUCAUUCUAGAAUUGAUAGCGAGACAGAAGAGCGAUAUAUGAACGAGGAGGAUUUCAUCAAUGCCAUUGCCCCCGUACAUGAAGACUAUCACAAAAUUAAACGCGAACAAUACGGUAUCCUAUUCCGAGUUGCCGACCGACGAAAGACUGGCAAAGUAAACCUGCAUGAUUGGGCCGCGUUCGAGAAUCUAAUUGCCAAGCCUGAUGCGGAAUAUGAGAUUGCAUUCCGUUUGUUUGACGUUGAGGGGACGGGCGCGAUUAAAUAUGAGACGUUCCAAAAGUUAUAUAAGGAGAAUACGGGGAGCGAUAGUAUCCCCUUUGACUGGAACUCGGAAUGGGCAUCAUUGUAUACAGGAACGAAGAAGCGACGGCAUGACAUGACCUACCCUCAAUUUGCACAGAUGCUCCGUGGCCUCCAGGGCGAGAGAAUACGUCAGGCAUUCCACCUUUUCGAUAUGGAUGGGGAUGGAUACAUCGAGCCGGAGGAUUUCCAGCGUAUCAUACUGAAGACCUCCAAACACAAGCUUUCAGAUCAUGUGCUAGAUAAUCUACCCUCCCUGUGUACCAUCAGCGCGGGAACGCCAUCAGCAAGAGUCACGAUGGCAAAAUCACCCGCACCGAUUUCCUCAACGAAGCCGCUCGCAUAG